UAAAUACAUACACCUUGCCAAAACGCACACCCAGCAGCUGUCAUUCGAUGUAUGCGAAAUCUUUCUGUCAUUCCUUGCCAUGUUUGUAAACAUACAGGCAGUGUUGUUUGCAGUUGUUGAUUUGUUUUCCGGCUUUGAUUUGGAAAUAUUAAGGAUUUUGCUGUGAAAAGUUUGCAAUGGAGAAUCUGUUGAUGAGUGAAGAGUGGUUAGCUUCGUUAUCGUGGGUUGUGGAUUUGAAUGAAGUGAAUUUGCGAAGACGCAACAGGCAAAUUGUGCGCAGGUGGUGGAUGCAACCAAUCUUUUUCCGGCGGCAAGAAGAUGGCAACCGCUUGCUGGAUAAUAUUGUCGCAGAACAAGCCAACGAAACCGUCGUUAACUUUCUUCGCAUGAAGAAGGAAGAUUUUGAUGUUUUGCUGUAAGCUAUAAGGCCGGCAAUAAGUCGCAUGAACACCAAUAUGCGCGACUCCAUCACAGCCCAAGAAAGGUUGCUAAUUACGUUGCGGUAUUUAGCAACUGGAGAAACCUUCAGUAGUUUGCAAUAUUUGUUUCGAGUGUCUCGUUCCUCCAUAAGCAACAUAGUAAAGGAGACGUGUGUCUGCCUUACAAAAACUCUACGAUCAUAUGUGAAGUUACCAUCCACUAAUGAACAAUGGCUGGUAGUAUCAAAAAGGUUUGAGCAACGUUGGAACUUUCCCCAUGCCAUUGCAGCGAUAGACGGGAAACAUAUUAACACCCGCGCUCCUGCACACAGCGGAUCCGAUUACUAUAACAAACAGUAGAUUGUUCCAAAAGCUUGAAAACAAGUUAUUAAAUAUUCCAGAUCCCGAA